UAUGCCUGGUUUCCCCCCAUAAGGCCUUGCUUUGAUAGCCAUCUUUCACUGGAGUUUAUGACUGAGGAAGAUGACGGACUGCUACUGUAUGCUGGCCCGAUGGCCACUCUUAUGCCUGGGGACAGUGAAGACUACAUGGCCAUAGAACUGAUUGGAGGGACGCCUAGCCUGAAAAUUAACCAUGGUUCUGGGACCUUGGUGCUCCAGUUAACAAAUAAUGUCGGGGUGGCUGAUAGACGCUGGCAUCGCCUCGAUGUGAGGAGCAACAGUAAAGAAGUGCGCUUUACUCUGGAUCGAUGUUCCACUGCAAUUGUCAUGGAGACAGAAGGCGUAGACUCGUGGGCAAUGACAGAGGACCGCUCAUCCUGUGAAAUCCGAGGAGUCACACCCAACAGGGGAAAGUAUUUCAAUGGAAGUCAUGUUCUGCAGCUUGGAGGGAUCAAUGAGAACAUGUCAUAUGAAUAUCCCCAGCUACAGCACAAACACUAUACUGGAUGUAUAAGGAACCUGCGUGUGGACAGCAAGCUAUAUGACCUUGGUUCCCCUGCUGAAUCCUCCAACACAUUGCCAGGCUGCACUCUCAUUGAUGACCACUGCGCCAGCCUGGAGCAGCUUUCCUCUUGUAGCAAGAGGGGUCGCUGUCAUGGGGACUGGGGAUCUUUAAGCUGCCUGUGUGAAAAAGGCUUUACGGGGCCACAGUGCGAUCAAGUGGCUCGAGAGUUCUCCUUUGACGGCCGGAGCCACAUUCAGUUCCAACUUCUUUGGUCCCUACCGGCGCGACAGACUAGUGUCGAGGUUGGGGUGCGAACACGUGCAGCCACCGGCGUCAUCCUCAGCCUGCUUUCCCAGGAGCAGAACGAAUACCUACGUUUAGAGGUUUUUCAGGGUCAUCUGGCUGUUUUCUACAACCUUGGAGAUGGAGACUAUAACGUCACACUGCCCUACCAUCGCCUGGAUGAUGGAGACUGGCAUGAGGUGGAGCUGUACCGAUAUGGGAGAGAGUUCACCCUGCGACUUGACAGAGGCGGAGGACGGCGAGAGGUAACGGCCUCACCUGGACAAAGUCAGGAGAUCAUCAUUGACCCUGCUGUGGUGAUGCUUGGAAACUCUUUUCCCUCAGGACAUAACAGGAGCUUUGUGGGUUGCUUACGGGAUUUGAGGUUUAAUGGCCGCUCCAUCUCCCUGGAUGAGGAGCAGCCUUCAGAGGGGAUUCAGGUGGUCACUUCACAGGGGGUCUCUGUCGGCUGUGCUUCAGAUGCCUGCAGGAAGCACCACUGCUCCCCUCCCUUGGUCUGCGUGGACCUCUGGAGACACCAUGAGUGCAGGUGCCCCCCAGGCCAUAUAACCAAAGAGGGCUCUUUGGGAAAAGUUUGCGUCUACACGCUCUGUGCCAGCCGGCCUUGUCGCCACGGCACCUGCGUGGCUCACUCUCCGUCCCGAUACUCGUGCCACUGCAGUGAGGGUUACCGGGGCCGGCACUGCGAGGUGACGCUUGCCAUGUUCCACGAAGACAGCAACAGCCUCAGCCUGAGCUCCAUGUUCGCCAUCAGUAUAUGUGUCAUGGCCUUUCUAGUGUUGAUGCUGGGCCUGUUUCUCUACUCCUGCUGGAGGAGACACAAGGGCCUAAAGGAGGGUGUGUACCAUGUGUCUGCGCAUCACGGCGAGUGGGAGGACAUCCGAGAGAACGUGCUCAACUACGACGAGGAAGGUGGAGGAGAGCAAGAUCAGAAUGCCUUUAACAUGGUGGAGCUGCAGCGCUCCCUCCAGCCAAGCCCAGCUCAGUCACUCCGAUAUAGUUAUCCUCAAAGCAUCAUCUCCUACCCGCAGACUAAGCCCAUCCAGGACAACAACAAAAAUGGCACAUCCAAUGGAAACGGCAGUGCCGCAAUUGCUCUACGUCUGGCAAUUCCCCCUUCAGAGACAGAAACCUUGCCGUCCCCUCUGACCUUCCGCCGCUCCCAGAAAACCCUGUCCUUCUCCAGCCAGGACUUGGCCCGCUACCUGUGUGAGGUCAUCAGGGACAUGGAUCACCCUGAGGAUCUCGGCACGAUGACCACACCACGUCGUCCCGCCGGAAAGGAGCGCGGCCUCGCGGGUGUGCGCUCUCUCAGCUCCCUAAGUGCAACUCAGGGUUCAGAAGUCAGACUUCAGGCAGCCCAGAGCACUCGGCUGGACAGGUUCAAAAACCUCCGAGCUGUGGUUAGUGAUUUAAGAAGAGACUCCAAGACUCCGGAGGGCCAGAGAGACAAACUGAAGGAGAGCAGGGGGCAGCCGAACUGCGAGAAAAGCGGAUGAGGUUGCACUCACAGAAACAGAACUGAAAGUUGUGAAAAAAGCAACGGGAAUCAAAAGUCGUUGGUUGAAAUCCAAAGGGAGAUAAUUAAAUGUGAUAUACUUAGAGACUGGGAGGUUUUCCCCGUGGUCUCUGUGAAGUCUGCUAUAAAUGUACUGUAUUGAUGAAACUUUGAACAUUUAUGUUCUUUGAUAUGAACCAUGUUUACCAAUGAAUGAUCAGAUGUGAUGUAUUGUUUACUUGGCAUUGCACUGUACAGUAUUUACUCUGCAGAAAGCACUUUUUGGAAGCACUCUGUGUCAAAACUACUCAUGUCAUAAAACUCAUAAGAGUAACGUCUGAAAGCAAGACUCCAAAUGAGUUUCCUGUGAGAUAACUU